AUGAGAGUCCGUCAUGUGUUGGAUACGGGAAAGUAUUUAGGGAUGCCUUCUAUGAUUGGUAGGAGUAAGGAAGUUAUGAUAAAAUCAGUGCUCCAAGCUAUACCGUCCUAUAUCAUGAGCCUUUUAUUAUCCCAUACACGGUUUAUAAUGAUAUUCAGAAGAUGCUCAAUGCUUUCUGGUGGGGAGGAGGAAGUAAUAAUCGGGGAAUCCAUUGGAUGGCCUGGGAUAAGCUAG